UUAUUAUUGCAGCGGGAAGAUCAUCCUUCGUGUUGUGUCGUGUCUGUGUGUGAACCUGCUUGCUCUUUCUCGGAACAAUUCAGUAAUCACUCUCAGACGUCGAUGACGAAGUAGCUCUUCAAGCGUAGUCGGAUUGCAAAACUUCAAUUGCGGUAGAAAAUGACGGAGCAAGACGGAAAUUGGGAUUUUCAUCUCAGAACGUUGUCUAAUAGUGCCAGAGACUCCAAUACCGCUAAUGAUCCUGCUUCUGAUCCCGCCCUUCUUCAAUCCGUGAAAAAGCUACAUGAAAUUUGUGUGGCUGAGAAUUCUGAGGACUUGGUAGCAAGAGUUUAUCCGCAAAUUAACAAGAUUUUUCAACGCGCGGCGGCUUCACUCUCUCACUCUCGUACCUCAAAUGGCCUUCUGUUGCUCGCUAUUCUUCAGUUUUACCUAGAUUUUGGGGAGGUUGUUCUUCAUGAUGCUGAUCCUAGUCUCAGGAUUUUUUUCCGUUCAUGCUUGAGCAGGGAGUUUGCUGAUCCUGUUGUAGCAGGAGCAACACUUGAGUUUCUCAUUGUCAACAGAAAAAAGUUUACGAGUUCCUUCCUGAACCUAUUGCCUCAGUUUUUCCCACUGCUGUUAAAGCUUGUCGCUUGGCAUGGGGAAAGAUUAGGGAAAUUGUUCCUGAAGGUUUUACCGGGAUUGAUAUCAUCUGGGUCAUUCCUUCCUUUGUUUAUAUCUCUAGUGGACUUGCCAAUUUUGGUUGUGGCAUUGGAAAAGGUGGAAAAAAGCUCUGGACCCCUAAUUGGAACUGGUAUAGCUUCAAUUCAGCAAAAUACAGCUCCUAAGAUGCUACUUGCCCUUAUGGAUGAAGCCUAUACUGGUUCGACUAUAGAAGAUGGUGCAGGAGAUUCUGAAUCCGAGGAUAACAGUGCUAUUGAUGUAGAUAGCCCUUUGUUCCUGGAGCUUUUAAAGGAUGAAAAUGAUGGGCUCGCUGAACGCCACUGGACAUCUCCAGGGAUGGCUGCAUUAUUACAGGCUGCGGUGAAUAGUCCUUAUUCUGAUAGGCUGAAACAAGCACUCAUCCUGGCACCUCCCCUUCUUGAUGUAUACUUCUCCAUAGCAUUGCAUGAAGUCAAUGAAUCUUUGAUGUGCGCAUUAAUUCCUCUGCUUAUGUCAAGAUAUUCUACAAUAUUUCCUGACAAAAACUUUUCUCAUGAGGUUCACAAGAGGAUAUUGGAGUUCAUGCUCUCUGCUUUUCAGCACUCACCAAAUUUUAUAGCUCUUUUGAAGAAACCUAUAAUAGACAGAGUGGGAGAAGCUUAUGACAGCCCAGAGAAGACAGAAUUGGCAUUGCAAUUAUGUUGGGCCAUUGGAGAGCACGGUGGAGGUGGUGGAUCUCACAAAGAUGAAGCACGGGAGCUUUUUGAGAGUCUAGAACUACUUCUGUAUGAAAACCUUUCAACUAGUCGUUUGGGUCUGAGGCAAGAUGUAUCCCGUAGCUCCAAUGAGGAGGCCUACAGCAAGUCAUCACAGUCCAGGCUUCUAUGUUUUGUUGUAACAGCCAUUGCAAAACUUGCUACACACCACCGAGAAUUACUCCCUAGGGCACGUGUAUCAUUGGGCAAGGUGGCUCGAUCUCAAAUUUCAGAUGCUAGAGUAUGGACACGUGCCCGUGAUUUCCUCGGUUUAAUGAAUGAUCCUGCCAUUUGUUCAUCCAUCCUAGGUCCUUCACGACCCUCACAAGGUACUAUGCGGAAAGCGGGCAGCAUAAACUGGAAUGAAGGGUCAAGAAAGAUGAUUGCUCAUGUUCCUUUUUACCUCCUUGGGGAGCUAGAAGGGGCACCUUUUCAUGACUUCUCGUUCUCGGAUAUCAUUCCCAGAAGAUGACGAAAGCCAAUUUGCCGAUUGUUUCUCGAUUAUGGUCGUUCUAGUUUCAUAUUGAGCAAUUUUUGAGUAUGCCAUCACCGAUACUUUUUUGUGCUAUGGUUCAAGGCUUAUCUUUCUAUACUGAAUACUGUAUCAAUUCCUAUUGUAACAUUGCCCUUGAGGUUGGUCAUAUAACAUACAUACAUAUAUAUAUAUAUAUAUAUAUAGGUUAAAUUCCUUUACCAAAGCAUAUUUCCUCGCGUCUUUUCACACACUGUAAAAACUGGAGCAAUCCAGUUGAAAAUUGAAGUUCGAAUUCUCUAAGAUAUUUCUACCCGCA